AUGGUCAGGAUUAGCUCGGACGUCCCCAAGCGGCUUCAGCGCGACGGCGCAUGCGUCCGCAACAUAUGUAUCCUGGCGCAUGUGGAUCACGGCAAGACUUCGCUGUCCGACUCCCUCCUCGCAUCCAACGGUAUUAUCUCACAGCGGUUAGCGGGGAAAGUGCGAUUCCUAGACUCGCGGCCAGAUGAGCAGCUGCGAGGCAUCACGAUGGAGUCCAGUGCGAUUUCUCUGUACUUCCGAGUGCUUCACAAACAGGAGGGGAGCAGCGAGCCGCUGGUCAACGAACAUUUAAUCAACCUGAUCGACUCUCCGGGCCACAUAGACUUCUCCAGCGAGGUUAGCGCGGCGUCGCGGCUAUGUGAUGGCGCGAUCGUGCUGGUGGACGUGGUCGAGGGUGUGUGUUCGCAGACGAUUACGGUGCUGCGGCAGUGCUGGACGGAGAAGCUGAGACCAAUCCUGGUGCUGAACAAGAUCGAUCGGCUGAUCACGGAGCUCCAGCUGACGCCACAGGAGGCCUACGUGCAUCUAUCGAAGACGAUUGAACAGGUCAACUCUGUACUGGGGUCCUUCUUUGCCGGGGAGCGGCUGCUGGAUGACCUCUCGUGGAGAGAGAAACUGGAGCAGGACGCCCAGGCCGAGUAUGUGGAGCGGGAUGAUGCGGACAUCUACUUCGACCCGUCCCGGAACAAUGUGAUUUUUGCCUCUGCUGCAGAUGGGUGGGGGUUCAACGUCAGUCUGUUUGCGAAGUUCUACGAGCAGAAGCUGGGGGCCAAGCGCGAGAACCUGCAAAAGGUGCUGUGGGGUGAUUACUACAUGGAUCCAAAGACAAAGAAGAUCAUAAACCAGAAAGCACUCAAGGGUAGGAAUCUCAAGCCGCUGUUUGUAUCGCUGAUCCUGGACAACAUAUGGAAGAUCUAUGAGAAUGUGCUGACGACACACGACUCUGCGAUACUCGAGAAAAUCACUAAAACUUUGGACAUCAAGGUGCUUGCUCGUGACCUGAGAUCUAAGGACUACAAGAACCUGCUAAGGGUUAUUAUGGGCCAGUGGAUGCCUGUCAGCACCGCCGUUUUGUUGACCGCCGUAACAGAGCUGCCUUCGCCCAAGGCUUCGCAGGACCAGAAGAUUGCAUCAAUCCUGGCAACGGCACCGGGGGGAGAGGAUAUAGACCCCGCCCUAUCCAGUACAUUGAAGAAGUGUGAUUCUAGUGGCCCUGUUUGCGCCUAUGUUUCGAAGAUGCUCUCAAUUCCUAAGGACGAGUUACCGCAGCUUUCUGAUGAGGCCUCCGGAGCCGCGGCAGUGAUAGCACAAAGCAAAAGAAUACGCGAAGAAGCCCAGAGGGCUGCUGAGCUGGCUGAGUCGAUGGCGAAACUUAAAACCAAAACCGAGGAUGACUUAUACGUGCGGGCUAAUGACACUGUUUUCACUCCAGUCGUUGACGAUAUAGAUGCGCUACCGAAGCCUAAAAAGAAGCUAGCUAUAAAUGACAACAUACAAGUAGUGAAUGAACUAGCGCCCGCCCUAAACUUUGAUAUAGGCUAUGUUUCUGAUAAUGCUUCUGUUUCGGACCAUGAAGAUGCCGGGCAUGGGAUGGGGACAUUUGUUCCCACUGAUAUUGACCCGAACGACCCCUUGGCCUCUAUGUUCGAGUAUGAAGAUGAGGACCCAUUUGCUGUCCCUGGUGAAGAACCUCUCCCAGUCAGCGUGGGGGAGGAAGUGGAGGAGGAGGAGGAGGAUGAAGUUCUCAUUGGAUUUUCAAGAAUAUACAGCGGUACGCUGAAGGUUGGACAGGAAGUAUCUGUAGUAAAUCCAAACUACGAUCCAGCAGAACCUGAUAACAACAUCACCACUACAACAAUUACUUCUUUGUACUUAUUCAUGGGCAAAGAGCUUGUUCCAUUAGAGGAGUGUCCUGCUGGUAAUAUUGUCGGUAUUGGUGGGUUAGCUGGCAAGCUUUUGAAAAAUGGUACGCUAUUGGAAAAGGGUACGCAAGGCAUCAACUUGGCUAACAGCACCACCCAUUCAACUCCUAUAGUGCGCGUUGCACUGGAGCCGACAGACCCGACACAUAUGCAUCAGUUGGUACGCGGACUGAAUUUGCUUAACCAGGCUGAUCCAUGCGUUGAAACGUAUGUCGAAGAAUCAGGUGAGCACAUUCUAUGUACUGCAGGCGAACUACAUUUGGAAAGAUGCUUAAAGGACCUGAGAGAGCGCUUUGCUGGUAUCGAAAUAACCGCUUCCGAACCUGUGAUUCCCUAUCGAGAAACAUUUUUAAGAACCCAGGAGAUGAACCCUCCGAAGAAACCGACAUUGGGCAGGGGACGUAUCGAGCUUCUGUUGGGCACUCUCAAGUUGCAGUUUAGAGCAUUCCCGCUUCCCACCGAGGUUAUAGAGUUUCUAUCAACCCAUGAAGAUUUGAUGAGCGGGAAUAGCUCCAGAGGUAGUGCCUCGCUGACGCCCAAGGCAUUGCUUGAACAUCUAGCCAAAAUCAUUCCCGAGGGCCCUGAAAAUGCUGAGUUGAGGGGCUUGGUCGAGCAAACGUGUGCCUUUGGCCCAAAGCGUUGCGGGCCUAAUAUUCUGUUCUCCAACAACGGACUCUUGUCUACCUACGGAGAACCGGAGGAUGGUUCUUUCAUCUAUGGUGAGUCUGUUAUAAACGGCUUUCAGCUGGCCAUGUCCGGGGGGCCGCUGGCAGGCGAGCCAGUCCAAGGCAUGGCGGUCAUCCUCGAGGAUGCUGGCGAGCUGACAGAGGCCGAGUGCGAGGCCAUUGACGACCCCGCCUACGUGCGCGAUCUUCCUGACCUUGCCGGCAGGCUCAUCACGACCGCUAGGGAUACCAUCCACCAAGCAUGCCUCGAUUGGUCGCCUCGUCUGAUGUGGGCUGUCUACACCUGCGAGAUCCAAACAUCCAUCGAUGUGCUGGGCAAGGUCUAUGCCGUCGUGCUCCAGCGCCGUGGCCGGAUUAUCUCGGAGGAGCUAAAAGAAGGCACCCCUUUCUUCCAUGUCGUCGCACGCAUACCUGUCGUCGAGGCCUUCGGCUUCAGUGAAGACAUCCGCAAGAAAACCUCUGGUGCAGCACAGCCGCAGCUUGUGUUUUCGGGCUACGAAGCCAUCGAUAUGGAUCCUUUCUGGGUCCCCACGACCGAGGAGGAGCUAGAAGAGCUUGGCGAUAUUGCCGACCGCGAGAACAUCGCAAGGCGCUACAUGAACAACAUACGCAGACGGAAAGGCCUCUUUGUCCACGAAAAGAUCGUUGAAAAAGCUGAAAAGCAGCGUACUCUGAAACGUAACUAG